AUGUCAAUCAAAGUCAAGAAUGUUCCCGUCGUUGAGCCAUACGGCAACCCUGCGCCCUUUGCGGAGCCGGCGUGGUACAAUACCCUGACUUCUCCUUACUACGAUGAAAGCCAUCGGAGGGUGAGGGACUACGUGCGCAAGUACAUCGAGGAGCAUAUCGCGCCCAAUAUUCAAGAGUGGGAAGAGAAGGGGCAUGUCCCCGAUGAAGCAAGAAUUCACUUUGCCAAAUCAGGCUUGGCUUUCCCAGAGUUGCCGCGUGAAUAUGCUGGCGAUGUUCCAUUACCAGGCAAUGUCCCAGCUGAGAAAUGGGAUAUCUUUCACUCGCUUGUUGUAAGCUACGAAGCUAGUAGAAUAUGGGCUGCUGGAGUGUCUGUGGGACUCAACGGCGGCACGACAAUUGGUGUACCUCCUGUCAUCCAUCAUGGCACAGAAGAGCAGAAGAAAUGGUGGCUUCCUGGGCUUGUUAACGGGAAAACAAGCUUUUGUCUCGGUUGUACCGAGCCUACUGGCGGCUCCGAUUUGGCGAAUUUGAAGACCACGGCAACCAAAUCAGAUGAUGGAACAUAUUACACAGUCAACGGCCACAAGAAAUGGAUCAGCGGUGCGAUACGUGCUAGCCACAUGACAACUGCUGUAAGGACUGGAGGCCCUGGUAUUAAGGGCAUCUCAGUCCUGGUCAUUCCUCUUGAUCUUCCCGGCGUUUCUCGACGCAAAGUUAGUAAUAGUGGAUGGAACGCUGGAGACAGCACAUGGGUGACACUGGACAAUGUCAAAGUACCUGUCAACCACCUCAUCGGGCAGGAGAACGCUGGGUUCCAGUACAUUAUGACCAACUUCAACAAGGAACGAUUCAUCCUUGCUGUACUCAUGAACGGCCAGGCCAGAAUUUGCCUGGAAGACGCCUGGGCAUAUGCCAUAGACCGCCACACAUUCGGCAAGCCACUCAUGUAUCAUCAGAUCAUUCGACAUAAGCUCAUCACAAUGGCGCGCUACAUCGAGUCGCACUGGGCCUGGCUCGAACAGAUUGCGUAUCAUGCUCAUACUACCGGCUCCAUGGGCACGGAACUAGCAUCAAGGAUCGCCAUGGCCAAGAUUCACGGCGGACGUCUUCUAGAGCUCGCGAACCGGGAGGCACAGCAGAUAUUUGGUGGUGCUGGAUAUCAACGUGGCGGCGUUGGGGCUCGCGUCGAACAGAUCAGCAGAGACCUUCGAGUGAACAUCGUCGGCGGCGGAAGUGAGGAGAUCAUCACGGACUUGGCUCGUUAUAGUCCCGUAACCGAGAAACUCAUCGCCGUACACCCAGUCAGCCGGUUCGUGUUGCGAGGCGGCCCGGCUCAGAUCCUCUCGCAGCCUACCGAACGUGAUAGAGCCAGAGCGACUGUGACUCCCCUUCUCCAAGCCUUCUUCAAAGGCAGCCCAGGUGCUGAACAUGCUGCGUUUGCUCCCUGGAGCUGGUCGACAGACAGUCCCGAGCUCGCUGCCGCUAUUGGGCCAGAGCUGGCUGCUGCAGGAAUCCCGGGUGGUCUUGAGAAGGUGACCAUUUGCUCUGCUGAGGAAAAGGAGAUCCUCGGAGAAACUUGGUCUGAGAUCAGAGACCUCCUGAUGAACUUCAUGGGUAGUAGCAGGCCCGGACAGGCGACCGCAGUUCCGUCCGCUGUGUCACCCGGGGACUCAUCCAAAUGCCAUGGCUGUGGUCUCUCCUCCGAAAACUUCUCCUCGCCGAUGAAGAAGUGUUCCGCGUGUCAGAAGGCGUGGUAUCAUUCCCAGGACUGCCAGCGCUCGCACUGGAAAAUGCACAAGCCGACCUGUGUCGCCCACCGCCCGGCUCCAGCCCCGUCCACGGCUGCGUCGCCGGGCAUGGGCCCCGCAUACAACUAUUACAACAAUGUGGCGCGAAAAUCUGAGGAGGGGCAGGCGUUGUUGCGCUCGCUUAAAAUCGAUCCUAUCUCAGUUCGCCCAGGAAUGGAAUUGCCACUGCGCCGUCUCGUCAUCGCUGGCAAAGACACGCCUGAAUACUUGCGAAUUCUCUUUGGGCCGACGUUUGCUGGCGAGAAGAAGGAAUUGGAGAGGGUUAGGCUGGAGGUCCUGAUUGACCCUCCUCGUGGCUCCCCAAUGUACGUGAAACAAGACCUUGAUGACGCCGGAACCAAGCCUCCCACUCGUGCGCUUCGACCGGCGAGCGAGGCGGAACUGGAGACGUUGAAGGAAGUGCGGGAGAUCCAGGAGAAAGUCAGACAGAAGGUUGGGGUUGGACGUUCGCCUGAUACAAGAGUCAUGCAAGAAGUCCUGAUGACUUUUGGGCCCGAUUGGUCAGAGAAGUUGCAGCUGUACAUGCUUGCAGUCAAUACUAUGGACCAAGGUGUCCGCCGCUGA